AAUUUUCGUUGCGCCUAAAAAACUGGGUAAUUGUGAGCAUAGUGUGUAACUGUUCUGGUCUCGCUAACGCGGCGUUGGCCUAUAUAUUUUUUCGGGGCUACAAAAAUUGCACUGCUGGAAGAGAAUCUCGCUGCUGAUCGUGUGACCAGAGAUGCGUGAUUUUUCACCGACCAAAUAAUCGCGAAACCGACCAAGCUGGAAAAUACGACCUGCAGGGCAGCGUGAAAAAAAUCGCCGAAAAAAAAGAAGCCACAAGAGAUGGAAAUUGGUCGUUCGCUUAUGUAAUGAUCGCGUCACGCCGUCUGGUAAGCGUUUGAAAAAAUGAUGAUGCUUUUCGAGUUUCGCCGCAAAUGGUCGCCGCGGGUUUCGUCUUCGUAUUCGUCUUCGAAAUGUGAAAAAUGCCAGAACGUUUAAAAUUCUGCCCCGAAGACGGAAUUUUUCGAUUGGUAAACGUCGCGACCGAGUUGCAAAUUUCGCCGCUUUCGUUAUGUUGGAAUUUAAUGUCUUCGAAAUAACGUAGCGGCCGCCGAAGCUCCGUGCUGUACAGGUUUUUUUGCCAAGGUAUACCAACCAGACCCAAAAAGAAGCUGAAUAGCGCCGGAGCCCGAAUAUGCCGGCGCUGCGAGGCUAUUCUCGCUGAGAGAGUCGCAAUAUCGAGGCUGAGAAGAAAAUCUGGCGUAAAACAAGCCGUGAUCGGUGGCCGGGGAACAAUAUGGCGGCUGUGGAAAUUCCCACUAAUCUUGGUCACAGCUUCGUCAAAAAAACCUUCCACCGGCCGACAUACUGCCACAAUUGCACCGAUAUGCUCUGGGGACUGAUGCAGCAAGGAUCUGUUUGCGAAGUAUGCAAUUUUGUAAUACACGAUCGCUGUUUGAGAUACCUAGUAACACCUUGUACCGGAGUCGCCACCAGUUUGAUCAAAAAUCCCGUAGCUCAUUGUUGGACAUCUGCUCUUUCACCAAAAAGAAAAUUUUGUAACGUUUGCCGUAAAAGAUGGGAUAAUCGAAAUUACACCGAAUGGUAUUGCGAAAUUUGUGAAUAUUACGCUCACGCUGACUGUGUAGAAUUCGCUCUAGCAAAUUGUAAAGAAAUCGAUGUUUAUGUUCCUGGAAAACAACUCUCUUUAGUGACGUACGAGCAUCACUGGAGGGAGGGUAAUUUGCCAAAUAGCGCCAAAUGUACUGUAUGUAAGAAGACUUGUUGGUCAUCCGAAUGUCUAUCCGGGUAUCGAUGCGAGUGGUGCGGCAUUUGCUCUCAUCCGGCGUGCAAGCAAUAUAUUCCAACUGAAUGUAAUUUCGGCGCUUUGGAACCUAUUUUUUUACCACCUCACGCGGUCAGCGUUCCACGUACCGAAGUACCCAUCGAAGCAAUUAUCGGCAUUAAAGAACCAGAGAGAAAAGAAUCCACUCAUAAUCUUGUGGGAGCACGGAGUAUAUCCGAUGAGAUCAGCAUGGUGGAGAUGUCCAGGUGUUUCGAUUCAGAAGAUCGCGAAUCUCAAAGUGGUGGCGGAGGCGGUGGUCCUACUUCUACUAAAGAAAAAGAAAAAGAAGGCAAGGAAAAAGACAAAGAUAAGGAAAAAUCUGAGAAAUAUAAAGAAAAAGAAGAUAAAGACGAAGAGGUAAUCAAAGUAUACGACGGCGAUCUGUCCUACAAACGUAAAAUAUUUCGAACCAUAACAGUCUCCAGAUUAGCAUCAUCGGAACAUAUUUUGAAUACAGCAUUGGAAGCGUUUCACAUUGCGCGAAACCCAGCUGCAUUUUACUUAACUGAUAUUUAUUCGGAAGACGAAGCUCGAUUAACGGAUCCUUCACCAGUUAUGUCUUUAUUUCGCAAAGAAGGCAGACGACCAGCGGUUUAUUUAAGAUUCAAGGAUCGCGAUAAUACCAUAGGCGAAGUACGAAUUUAUUCCGGAAAAUUACAAACCAACAAACCGUAUUGUAUUGCGACGGUGGACGAUAAAACAACCGUUACCGAUUUGAUUAAAAAAGCAUUAUUUGAAUUUGGUUUAGAAAAUGCUCAUUUCAGUAAUUACAGACUUUGCGAAGUUUUACUCGAUAGAGGAGUGACAGAACGUGUUCUAGAACAAAACGAACAACCUUGGCAAAUAAUGAAACAAAUAGGCAGAGAAUCUAUUUACAGAAUGCAUCUGAUGAGGUUUUAUUUGCAAUUGAAACAAGAUCCACAUGGAACCACUGUUGCCUUGUUUGUUGGAAAUUUACCAAAAAAUUAUUCCGAACGUAAUUACGAAACUUUUCUCACAGAACUAUUAGGAAAAGAGAGCAAAUUUUGUAGCAUAGGACCUAUUUAUUACGAAUUCGGAUCGUUGGUUAUUACAUUCGAUGAUUCAAAAAAGGCUGUUUCCGCAUUUUAUAAAUUAAGAGAAGAAAAAUACGAUAAUAAACCGUUAUUAGUGAUGUUAUUACCGAGCAUAGAACCAUUAAUGAUACCAUCCGGUGUAAAACCAUUAUUAGUCUUCGUAAACGUACAGUCUGGAGGAUGCCAAGGUUUAGAGCUUAUCACUCGUUUUAGAAAAGUGCUUAAUCCUUAUCAAGUUUUUAAUUUAGUAAAUGGAGGACCGUUACCAGGAUUAUACGUCUUCCGACAUAUUCAAGAUUAUCGAAUAUUAGUUUGCGGCGGAGAUGGUACUGUUGGCUGGGUGCUUCAAUGUUUGGACAACGUUGGUCAGGAUAGCGAAUGUUCAUCUCCUCCUUGCGGUAUUGUCCCAUUAGGCACUGGCAACGAUUUAUCAAGAGUUCUACGCUGGGGAUCUGGCUACAACGGUAACGGCAAUAUUCUUAGUUUAUUAAGAGGUGUAAUAGAUGCCGAAGAAAUUCGAUUAGAUCGAUGGACGGUAAUGCUUUAUCCGGAAGAUUGCCAAGAACCACCACCAGCGUCUAAUUCAGCUGCAACUACACCAGCAAGUGAUGAAAAUAAGUCUGGAGUAUUAGUUAUGAAUAAUUAUUUCGGUAUCGGUCUCGAUGCUGAUUUAUGCCUCGCCUUCCAUAAUGCUAGAAAAGAAAAUCCACAGAAAUUUCAGAGUCGACUCGGAAAUAAACAUAUGUAUUUUCGAAUGGGUUUGAAGAAAAUGUUAGCUCCAAGCGGCACAAGUUACGAAGCGCUGCAUAGAAAUGUGCGUCUAGAAGUCGACAAUAAACCAGUCGAAUUACCAGAUUUAGAAGGAAUUAUAGUAUUAAACAUUUUAAGUUGGGGAGCUGGAGCAAAUCCAUGGGGUCAUGAUAAAGAAGAACAAUUUGCAUCCCCCAACCAUUAUGAUGGAAUGCUGGAAGUCAUCGGGGUUAGUGGCGUUAUCCAUCUCGGACAAAUUCAAUCCGGGCUCCGUAGUGGUAUUCGUAUCGCUCAAGGUGGCCAUAUUAAAAUUCAUCUCACUGUUAAGACACCUAUUCAAAUUGACGGUGAACCGACAAGAUUUGGACCCGGAGAAAUUGUGAUCUUAAAAUCGGCCUUAAAAGCGACUAUGUUGAAGAAAAACAAAGGCAAACAUCCACCUCCACCACCAAGUCUUAGUUCAAUUAAUGGUGAAGAAAAUAGAAAAACUAUCGAUGAAAGUUAAUCAUAUGAUUUCUUGAAAAACAUGCAGAAUUGCUACGAAAUCAAAAAUUCAACGUAAAAUAUUUACUUCGCUUUUAAUUUAUUGAUAUUCCUUUUCAUUUGUUUUAUUUUUGUGUAGCAUUCCUUAAUUUUGUUUUGUUACAGUUACCAAAAAAAUCUCACAUUUACAGCUAAGGUUUUAAUUGUAAUGUAGGAUUUAAAAGUUAUACAUCAGAUAAGCACAAAUUUGUUUACGAAUUCACUUGUUUUUUUUUCCUGUUUUUGUCUGGUUUAAAAAGCCGACGUAUGGAGUUAGUUUUUAUUAUUUAGAAAAAUUUACGUCUAGUCAGUACUUAUUUAUUUUUUUUUUAAAAAAAAGAAAUUGAUUCGUAUGUGCAUUUUUUUUUUACAUUUUUAUCAAUUAUUUUAUUUUAUCUACCUCUCGAUGGUACUUUAUUAUUCUUUGAUUAGAAUUCGAUUUAUUUUAGUUACUCGUUAGUAUUUUUAUGAUCUCUGUUGAAAUAUCAAAAAAUCUUUAUUUUAACGCCAAAUCUUCCAUCAUUUUAAAAAAGCUUUGAAAUUUGUAAACGAAGUGCUGAAUUACUGAAAUACCUAUUAUAUUACCAGAAAACUUUUUUUUUUGUUUCAAAUCAAAAUAAUUUUAAGAAGUAUUUCAGCUGUCAAUUUGAUUAUCUUUGAAGCACAAAACUAUGCUUUUUUUUUCUUUUUUAUUUAUUUUUUUUAUACGUACAUUAGGCGAGUGUUCAGUGUUACGAAUGCCAAUGGAGGUUUGAAUGUGAACAAAUAUUUAAUAGAAAUUAUCUAAAAAAAAAAGAGUAUAAUUAUAUUAAAAGACGUUUUCUUUCUUUAACGUGCUAAACUACGCGAGAUUAUUUUCGAAUUCAAUAUCGUUGUUUUAGGUUGUGCAGUUUUGACAAAAAAAAAUGUCAGAGGAAUUAUUUUCCAAUUUACCAGUGACUUUAGAUGUAUGUAAUAACGUAACUGUUAUGUUAUUGAUUUAAUUAUUUUUAAGAUGCUGUUGAUUGUUGUUAAUAUUUUUUUUUUCAUUUCUUUUAUUUAUUUCUCAUUUCGUCGACAAAUUUUAAAAUCGUUUGUAGAUAUGGUGAAAAAGUAGUCACGUUACUCGAUCUUGGAGUACUUACCCUAUUAGGUUUCACUUUUUCACCGAAGAAGCCUUCUGCUGUAUUGGGCUAAAACGAGUUUAAAAUUUGUCCAGCAUAAUGUUGCAAUUUUACCGAGGCAAAGUUGCGACAUUGAUCAUUUUUUGUUUUCCAUUUUGAGAUUUCAUCAUGCACGGGGCUCAGGCAUACGUUGAUUCCCCCUCGGACUCGAAUCUUCGUAUGUCGUGCGUGGCGAAAUAGUCAUACGCUAUGUUCUACUACUUAUAUAAAUUUUGCUUGUAUUUUUUAAAUUUAUUUAAUAAAGUAACCUGUAUAUUAUGUAAGUUAUUUGAAAUAAAUUAUUAUUGAGUAA